AUGGCUCUGAAUGCUACCCACUCAGAAACCAACAACAACAACAACAACAACAUCACGUUCCAUUCAACAAAUCCCCAAUCACCAUUUCUAAUCGCACUCCCAUUCUUCAAACUCCCCAUCGCCAAUUUCCCCACUCCCCAACUCCCCACCUCCAUUUCCAACGCAGUUGAUCAGUGUUCCAUGUUUCUCCACUCUCUCGCUUCUCAAAACCCUAUCUUAAACAAACUACUCUCUCUUUCGUCUCAGUUCCAUGACACAUGCUUUCAGAUUCGGUGCAGUAACUACAGGAAUAGGAGGUUGGUGAAUAGUCAUCACAAUUUUGCGGCUGUUUUGCCUGGAGAUUCAGUGGCUGGGUUAGUGGUGGCUAAUGGACUUCAGAAUUUCUUGAACCUUUACAAUACUUUGAUUGUUUGUAGGCUUGUUCUUACCUGGUUUCCCAAUGCUCCUCCUGCUAUCGUUUCUCCUCUCAGCACCGUAUGUGAUCCGUAUCUGAACGUAUUCCGCGGACUUAUCCCACCUAUUGGAGGAUUGGAUCUCUCUCCCAUCCUAGCAUUCCUUGUCCUGAAUGCCUUCACCAGCACUGCUGCAGCACUCCCUGCUGAGCUUCCAAUCACAGAACAAUCUAAACAAGGUCCUGAAACAAGAUUACAGUCUACCGAUGUUACUUCUUCACAGAACAAAUGGAUGAGACGGCUUCAAGGGAUCGGGUCAAAGACCUCCACUACUGCAAAUUAG